UUAACGUCAUGUGUCAUUUGAUUUUGGUUUCCCUUUCGGGAUAGGUGUCAAAUUUCCUUUUUAAAAAUAAAUCUAAAAAUUUCCAAAUUUUGUAAAAUAAUUGUGAUAAACAAAACAAAAUAAACAUGCAGAAUCCCAAUGAAGAUACAGAAUGGAACGAUGUUUUACGAGCCAAGGGGAUAUUGCCCCAAAAAGAAAAGGAAAUAUCCGAAGAUCAAAUAGUUAACAUGAUUGAACAGACGAUACAACAAAAACAAGCCGAAAAGGACAAGCAAUUAUCAGAACUAGACCUCGACGGGCUCGACGAGCUGGAGGAUUCAGAGGAUGAAGCAGUAAUAGAGCAGUACAGGAGACAGAGGAUAGCUGAGCUGAAGCAGCUGGCGGAGAAGACCAAGUUUGGUGAGGUGCGGGAGAUCUCGGGGCAGGAUUAUGUGCAAGAGGUGAACAAGGCUGGGGAGGGGAUAUGGGUUGUCAUACAUUUGUAUAAACAGGGAAUCCAACAGUGUGCACUCCUCAACCUGCACCUCAAAGAGUUAGCAGCCAAGUAUCCAUACACGAAAUUCCUGAAGGCCAUCGCACAGACGUGUAUACCAAACUUUCCCGAGAGGAACUUGCCAAGUGUGUUUGUGUACUUUGAAGGAGACUUGAAGAAACAGUUUGUGGGACCACAUGAGUUGAGAGGCACUUCUCUCACUACUGAUGAACUCGAAUACUUAUUAGGACAAGUUGGUGCAGUGGACACAAAGAUCAAGGAUGACCCCAGGCCCAAAAUAAAGGACAAACUAUUCAUGGAUUUGGGCAAUAAUGAUUGGUGAUAAAAAUUAAGUGUGGACUUGUGCAAUUCAGUGUAAAUGUGCUUUUAUUUAUUAUGAAAUUAAAUACAGAUAUAUUUUGUAUCAAUAAAGUAUUGUUCUUAA